AGUGCAUGUAGCUAGCAAGUGGUUUGUUCUUAGGGUAACAGAGAAGGAAACCUGCUCCCCAUCUGAUAAGACAGAGAACAAAGGGGACACUAUUUCUUAGGGACACUGCUGGUCUCCAGAUAUGGCCAUGUAUUUGUGGCUCAAGCUUCUGGCCUUUGGCUUUGCCUUUCUGGACACAGAAGUAUUUGUCACAGGAGAAGAAUCAAAUAUAACCAACACUGGACUGAACACAACAGAGAAGGCCGCUCCUCUGCCUCAAAGUGACCCUUUGCCUGCUCACAGCACUGCAUUCUCACUCCCAAGCAUCUCUGAAAGAGGAGAUGACUCCUCAGAGGCCACACGUAUUCCAGGUUUUUCAUCCACGCUGACGCCCCCGCAGCCCGACUCGCAGACUUCCUCUGCCAGAGGAGCUGACACCCAGACACUCAGCAGCAAAGCUGACCUCACCACACUCACGCCUGCUCCCGGCGGGGCUGACUCACCAGGUUUACCAGGGGAGAGGACUACACCGGACACCUUUUCUGCAAGCACAGUCUUUCCUGAAGACACCCCCAGCCUUGCACACAACAGCUCUGCUGCCUCACCUGCACACACCUCCAACAUCAACACCACAGAAGUCUCCUCAGGUUCCAGCCUUACCACCCCUGCACCAUCCACUCUGGGCUCUACAAGCACUGUUCCUCCAAGCACAACAAUAGCUACCACUGAACCAAAGAUACCCUGUGAUAAAAUAUUUGAGAGCAUUACUGUGCGUUACAUCUAUGACAAUACAACUAAGCUUUUUAAAGCAGCACUGGAAGACAAAGAAAACCCUGUAUGUGAGGAUAACGCUUGUGAACGUCUGGCACCGUGCUCACAGAAAAAAGUCAAUGUGUCUAACGGCUCAUGUAGCCCACCCAAAGCUGUAGGCUUGGAUGUACCACCAGGGCUUGAGAAUUUUAAGCUGAAUGUCUGCACAACAAAAGAAAAAGCUCACACUUCAAUUUGUCUAGAGUGGGAAACAGAGAACUUCUCCUGCGACAGAACAAAACUUUCAUACACAUUCAACUGUAGUUCAGGCAGUGAACAAUUCUUUCGGGUAGUCAACAAUCAGGAUGCUGACCCAAAUGUUGAGCUAUCCAACCUUACUCCCAACAAUAUUUACAAAUGUGAUAUGGAAAUCUUCUAUAACAAUGUAAUACUUUUAAGAGAAAAAAAAGAUGAGAAGACGGAUUUGGGAAUUCCCGAAAAGCUCAGGAGUGUUAAGUGUGACCAUGCAACUGAAAACGCAACAUGGGUUACCUGGACACACCCUUCAUCUGAAGUCCAUGGAUACAUGUUAUGUUCUAAUAAGACCAAAUCAGGAAAAUGUCAGGAGACAGAUAAAAAUAAGAACAAUGUUACGGUGGAAGACCUGAAGCCCUAUACACAUUAUGCUGUGUCUGUUUUCGCUUAUGUCAAAGGGAAGGUACAACGUAAUGGGACUGCUCAGGCAUGCUACUUUCAGACAAAAGCAGCUCGUCCAAGUGAGGUCAAAGAAAUAAAAGUCUUCCGGAAAUCAGAAAAUGCUAUAACUGUCACAUGUGAACCUCCUUAUGAAAUUAAUGGCCCUAAAACAUUUUACAUUUUGGAAGUCAGAAGUGCAAAUUCUUUAUUUGAAAGUUUCAACCGGACUGAAUGCAAAUUUUAUGUAGAGAAUCUCUAUUAUUCAACUGACUACACAAUUCUGGUCUCUUUUUACAAUGGAGAGUAUUUGGGAGAGUCAGUUGAGGAAAGGCACUCCACAUCUUAUAAUGUUAAAGCACUGAUUAUAUUCCUGGUGUUUCUGAUUAUUGUGACAUCAAUAGCCCUGCUUAUUGUUUUGUAUAAAAUCUAUGAGCUGCGUAAGAAAAGAUCCAGCAAUUUAGAUGAACAACAGGAACUUGUCGAAAGGGAUGAUGAAAAGCAACUGAUGGAUGUGGAGCCAAUUCAUGCUGACAUUUUGUUGGAAACAUAUAAAAGAAAGAUUGCUGAUGAGGGUCGACUUUUUCUGGCUGAAUUUCAGAGCAUCCCACGGGUAUUCAGCAAGUUUCCUAUCAAAGAUGCCCGAAAGCCCCAUAACCAGAAUAAAAACCGCUAUGUUGACAUCCUUCCCUAUGACUAUAACCGUGUUGAACUCUCUGAAGUAAAUGGAGAUGCCGGGUCCACUUACAUAAACGCCAGCUACAUCGAUGGCUUCAAAGAACCCAGGAAAUAUAUUGCUGCACAAGGACCCCGGGAUGAAACGGUUGAUGACUUCUGGAGAAUGAUCUGGGAACAAAAAGCCACAGUUAUUGUGAUGGUCACACGAUGUGAAGAAGGAAACAGGAACAAGUGUGCAGAAUACUGGCCAUGCAUGGAGGAACACACUCGGGCCUUCAGAGAUGUUGUUGUAACAAUCAAUGAACACAAACGGUGUCCUGAUUACAUCAUUCAGAAGCUGAACAUUACACAUAAAAAAGAAAAAGCAACUGGAAGAGAAGUGACUCAUAUUCAAUUUACCAGCUGGCCAGACCACGGGGUUCCUGAAGACCCCCAUCUGCUCCUCAGACUUCGAAGGAGGGUUAAUGCUUUUAGCAACUUCUUCAGCGGUCCCAUUGUGGUACACUGCAGUGCUGGUGUUGGGCGCACAGGCACCUACAUUGGAAUUGAUGCUAUGCUGGAAGGCCUUGAAGCAGAGGGCAAAGUGGAUGUCUAUGGUUAUGUCGUCAAGCUGAGGAGACAGAGGUGUCUGAUGGUGCAAGUAGAGACACAGUACAUCCUGAUUCAUCAGGCUUUAGUGGAAUACAAUCAGUUUGGGGAAACAGAAGUGAACUUAUCUGAGUUACACUUGUGUCUACAGAACAUGAAGAAGAGAGAUCCACCCAGUGACCCCUCUCCUCUGGAGGCUGAAUACCAGAGACUUCCUUCAUACAGAAGCUGGAGAACACAGCACAUUGGAAACCAAGAAGAAAACAAAAAGAAAAACAGGAAUUCUAAUGUUGUUCCAUAUGACUUUAACAGAGUGCCACUUAAGCAUGAACUGGAGAUGAGCAAAGAGAGUGAGCCUGACUCAGAUGAGUCUUCGGAUGACGACAGUGACUCAGAAGAAACCAGCAAAUACAUCAAUGCAUCUUUUGUGAUGAGUUACUGGAAACCAGAAAUGAUGAUUGCUGCUCAGAGUCCACUCAAAGAGACUGUUGGUGACUUCUGGCAGAUGGUGUUCCAGAGAAAAGUCAAGGUUAUUGUGAUGUUGACAGAGUUAACAAACGGAGACCAGGAAGUCUGUGCUCAAUACUGGGGAGAAGGAAAGCAGACCUACGGAGACAUGGAAGUGGUGCUGAAAGACACAAACAAAUCCUCAGCCUACACUCUUCGUGUGUUUGAACUGAGAUACUCCAAGAGGAAGGAGCCCAGAACUGUGUACCAGUACCAGUAUACCACAUGGCGUGGAGAAGAACUUCCUGCAGAGCCCAAAGAACUGGUGUCUAUGAUUCAGAACCUCAAACAGAAGCUUCCCAGAAGUUGCUCUGAAGGGAUGAAGUACCACAAGCAUGCACCAAUCCUAGUCCACUGCAGAGAUGGGUCCCAGCAGACAGGGUUGUUCUGUGCUUUGUUAAAUCUCUUGGAAAGUGCGGAGACAGAAGAUGUGAUUGACGUGUUUCAAGUGGUCAAAUCUCUUCGCAAAGCUCGGCCAGGGAUGGUGGGCUCCUAUGAGCAAUACCAGUUCCUUUAUGACGUCAUUGCCAGCAUCUUUCCCACCCAGAAUGGACACGUGAAGACAACGCACAGCCAAGACCAAAUUGAAUUCCAUAAUGAAGUGGAUGGAGCCAAGCAGGAUGCUAACUGUGUCCAUCCAGCUGGUGCCCUGGACAAAACCCAGGAAGACAAGAGCGAUGGUGGAGCUUCGGAGCUUGCCAGUGCUACUGAGGAGCCAGAACAUUCUGCCAAUGGUCCUGCAGACCCAGCUCUAACUCAGAGUUCAUAGGACUUAAGCAGGACAACUCAAAACUUCAAAUUAGUUGUUUCUAUUUUUCUAGACAUAAUGAAAGAAAAUGGCUGUGCAGUGGUUUAUGGAAUCUGCAUUCACCUUUUGCCACUGUAUGAAAAUAUUUAAAUUUUGUCAAAAUAUUUUGUACAGUUUUAUGCUUAUUUUAAAAAUGUGUCUAUAUCAUUCAGCAAGAACAUGUGUGUGAGACUGUCUCUGUGUGAUAUGUAUGUGACUGUGUAUGUGUGUGAAAGAGUGUGUCUGCAUGUGUCAAUAUAUGUGAGUAUGUAUGUGAAUGUGUCUGUGUGUGUGUGAGUUGUGAGUGACUGUGUGAGUGACAGCCAGAUAACUUUGGAAAGAGAAUGCCUUCAGCCAUUCUAAAUGCUUUUGAGAGAUAUUUCCGUUUUACCCUCUAAAGAAAUUAUUCAUUUUAUAUGUAAACUGUCAAAUUGUUUGAAGAUUCCAUUUUUUUAGAACACCGACUGAGUGUAGACUCAGUUGUAAAAAUAUCAAAGUGUACAUUUCUGGAGUGACCUCAAGAUGUCCUCCUCGCUCUACUUAUGCUCUUGUAGUUUAGUAUGCUACUUCUGGAAAUAUAUAAAAGUACAUAGGAGUGCCAUGAGUGAGUAUAGCUGCUGCAGGGAACUUAGCUAAAUUAACAUUUGAGAAUUUAUACUCCAUAUACUGUCAUUUCAUUACUAUCUCUUAAUGUGUAUUUAAUCAAAUAUAAAAAGCCCAAGGGAGCCUCUUUUUGUACCUCUGUGGGCAACAGAACUUUGCAAGUGGGUGGUUGUCUACACAAAAAAUGAAAAUUGCUUCUGGAUGCUCUUGAUCAUACUUAAUACAUCUUAUGACUGAACCUAAAUAAAUAUCCUUAAUUAAGUCCAAUGUAUGGUUUAAAAAAACUAGAAUAAAUGCAGGGACAUGAAAAUUAAUUUGUACUGAAUAUUUACAUAUUAGACUUCAUAUACAUAUCUUCUGGAAUUCAGAAUCCACGAGAAACAUAAAGUUGCACAUGUGUAUUUCCUAUGUUUAAGACCAUUCUUGACUUUCAUGAAAAGGCCUUUAUCUUAAAUUUCUUAAAUAUUUAAUUUACUCUUACCAAGACACAAUAUUGAUAAUCAUAACAAAAUUUCGGUUAUUACCUUCCUUGCUUAUAUGAAGUGUUUUGCCCUUUCAUAAUCGACAGUGAAACAAUUAUUUCUUCAUUCUGAGAUUAGUUUCCCAUUUUGCUCAUUAUUGAGAAAAAUGAAGAACAGUGUCUGUGUUAAGCUUUCUAGCAAGAAUAUGGAUAACUCAUAAAAAUGUGAAGCUCUUCUGCUUAGAAAAUAUAUUUAGGACUUUAAUAAAGUAUAAAAUUAUUCAAAAUUA